AUGAUAGCAGAAGCUAUCGACGAUGAUGCCCUGCUCGCCCGACUUACUGCCGAGAUGGUCCUCCUCCGCUAUGAGGACAACACUCUGUCCAAUCUCAGGGAUAUGCCAGCAGGCCGCCUGUUGGAGGUCCUCGUCCUAGUGGCCAAUCUGCCAGAACCUAACGCUGCCACUGUGAUGCUCCCGUGGUAUAUGUCCACCCUUCUAGUCGCUAUCAUGACCCGCUUCAAAAGCACUGUUGAUGACUCCAUCACCUUGAGGCUGGUCCAUCAGCGUGGAUCGUCC